AUGUCUUCAAACAACACCUUGGAUGACGAGGACACCUUUAAGAUCCUCAUUGCGACUGAUAUUCACCUGGGAUACCUGGAGAAAGAGGCCAUCCGUGGCGGAGACUCCUACAACACAUUUGACGAGAUCCUUCAAUGUGCAAAGAACAAUCAGGUGGAUUUCAUCCUUCUGGGUGGUGAUCUUUUUCACGAGAACAAGCCAACACGUCGAUGCCUCCACACUUGCAUUACCAUGCUCAGAAAAUACUGCAUGGGAGACUCACCCAUACAAUUUAACAUUGUCAGUGACCAGACGGUUAACUUUAACACCACACAGUUUCCCUGGGUUAAUUAUCAGGAUGAAAACCUAAACAUCUCUAUUCCUGUGUUUAGCAUCCAUGGUAACCAUGACGACCCAACUGGGGCUGAGGGUCUGUGCGCUUUGGAUCUGCUCAGCGCAUCUGGUCUCCUCAACCAUUUUGGUCACUCUCAGUCCGUAGAGAAGAUUGAGAUCAGUCCUAUCCUUUUGCAGAAAGGCAGCAGCAAGCUUGCACUAUAUGGACUUGGAUCUAUUCCAGAUGAGCGUCUGUACAGGAUGUUUGUUAACAAUCAGGUGACAAUGUUGCGUCCGAAAGAAGACCAAGACGAGUGGUUUAACCUGUUUGCGAUUCACCAGAACAGGAGUAAGCACGGCCCCACAAACUAUAUUCCCGAGCAAUUCCUACACGAAUUUCUCGACUUAGUGGUGUGGGGACACGAACACGAGUGUCUUAUAGUGCCGAGCAAAAAUGAACAGCAGCUUUUCUACGUGACGCAGCCUGGAAGCUCUGUUGCCACCUCACUGUCUCCCGGAGAAGCGACUAAGAAGCACAUAGGGUUGCUGAGGGUGAAAGGGCGUAAAAUGAACAUGCAGAAGAUCCCCCUAAAGACAGUCCGUCAGUUCUUCAUCCAGGAUGUGGUGCUGACUGACUAUCAGGAUGCGUUCACAGUGGAUACACCCAACGUCAUUAAGAAGGUGGAGAACCUCUGCCAUGCCAAGGUCAUUGAAAUGCUAGAAGAGGCCGAGAGGGACCGACUGGGAAGUCCGCUCACCCCUGAGAAACCGCUUAUUCGCCUCAGAGUGGACUACACCGGAGGUUUUGAGACCUUCAACACUUCCCGAUUCAGUCAGAAAUACGUGGACCGUGUGGCUAACCCAAAAGACCUCAUUCACUUUCUCCGUUGCAGAGAGAAGAAGGAGAAAAUUAAAGAUGAAAUCAGCAUUGAUUACAGCAGGGUACCAAACACGACAGCAGUUGAGGGGCUGAAAAUGGAAGACCUGGUGAAGAAUUACUUAGAAGCGACCGAGCAGAAGGUGCAGCUGUCACUCCUGACGGAGCACAGCAUCGGCAAAGCCAUUCAGGAAUUUGUAUACAAAGACGAGAAAGACGCUAUCGAGGAACUCAUCUCCUACCAGUUGGAGAAAACGCAGCGCCAUCUACAGGGCCGGAGCGUAAUCACAGAACAAGAGAUUGACACCGAGAUCAAGCGAUUGAGAGACUCCAAAAAGAACACAACGGAAGAAGAAAAUGAAAUCACAGAGGCGAUGAACAGAGCCAAAGCGAACCGCUUGGAGCGCGGCGAGACCUCGAUGGACAUUGACAUGUUGGACCCGGCUAGCGACGUGGAUUCUGACGAAAACGCCGCACCCUCCAAAGGAAGAGGACGAGGACGAGGGGGCAGAGGGCGGGGACGUGGGAGAGGUGCUUCAUCUUCCGAGCAAAAACCCUCCUCGCGAGGAGCUUCCAGGAAAUCCUCAGUAACGAGCCAAAGCAGAAGCAUCAUGCAAGCAUUUCAAGCGUCAUCCCAAAAACCUCCUCGGAACAUCGCGACCAAAUCCUAUGCAGAAGAAGAUAUAACUAUUGAUGACUCUGAUGAAGACAUUCCUGUAACGAAGGCUCGACCCUCAUCCAAAGCCGCGUCCACGUCCUCAUCCAUGUGGCAGAGCUCUCAGAGCCAGAGCCAGACAGCUAAAGGAGUUAGUUUUGAUGACAGUGAUGAUGAGGAUGAUCCCUUUAAAGGCCCUGCCCGACGCGGAGCAAAAUAA